AUGAUUUUCAUAUUCUCGUUCCUAUUGGUCCCAUUGACCGCUAACGCAGCCAUUACUGGUGAUUUGAACUGUACUUCUUAUAAUGGAACUUCGUUCGUCUACACCCCAUCCGCUGUCGCAUGCUCUAACACAAUCUCUGAUGCAGCUUGCCAAGCUCUCUACGCUGCUCCAGACACCACUGCCGGAUACCCAUCAGCUGGAACCGAUGCUGAACGACCAUUGAACUGCUACACAACCGCCACAGCUACUCCAGCAGCUAUUGUUCAAGACAUGAAGACUGCUGCUUUGGAGACUUGUGCCAAGACUUGUGGAUUGUGCUGCCAAACUGAUGCAUACAGUUGCAGUAAAUGUUUGAAAAUUCUAAGAAAAUUCAAUUGCAUCAAAUCCAAGAAAUAGACCCACGCCUCGACUGCUCAACAAUCACCACUGCUCAAUGUAACUCUAUCAUCUGGAGAUCCAUCAUUGCCACCGACUGCCCAUCUGCUUGCGGAUUCUGUAACGAGGGAGGAUGUGUUGAUGCUCUUGUUGACUGUGCCACUGAUAUCUCAAUCUGCACUACAGUUGGAAUGCAAGAUUUCGUGAAUACCUACUGCCAAAGAACAUGUGGAAGAUGCCCAUCAUCAAGUACAACCUCUUCAAGCUCCACAGCUUCAUCUUCCUCCACAUGCACUUCUUACAAUGCUGACAGUUCAUCUCUCUGUUCCGAUUGGGCGGCCAAUGGAUUCUGCACCAAUGCGUUCUACACCAGUGCUCAGAGAAAAUCUUAUUGUGCAUCGACCUGCAAGAUUUGCUAA